CGCAGAGCUGGCUCAAGGAGAGCCUUAGCAAGGGGCCUUCUUGGCCGGAGACAGAUCCUUUGCUGCCCUCUCUGCCGGUUCUUGAGGUGAAUGUCGGAAUCCGUUAUCUAUGGGGAAGCUGUGUGGGGCAGGGAGCUCCCUGAAGAGUUGGAAUUUAGAGAAAAUCUCUCUGACGCAAACUAACUCCUCCCUGCCUCAGCUGGGCAGCUUUUUCAGACUGUGGCCGGAAUGUCAGGAGAGGCCGCAACUAUGGCCCAGCAUGCUCCAAAAGAACAGGAGAGAUGCACAACUGUGAAGGUUGAAGAAGAGAAUUAUGUUUGGGAGCAAGACUUUGGCCUUCACGGAGAUCCCUGGAGCCAAGAGGUAACUCGUCAGCGGUUCAGGCAGUUUGGUUACUCUGACUCCACUGGGCCCCGGGAGGCUCUGAGCCGUCUCUGGGAACUGUGCUGUCAGUGGCUGAGGCCGGAGGUGCACUCCAAGGAGCAGAUCCUGGAGCUGCUUGUGCUGGAGCAGUUCCUGGCCAUCCUGCCUGAGGAGUUGCAGGGCUGGGUGCGAGAGAACCGGCCAGAGAAUGGAGAGGAAGCUGUGACUAUGCUGGAGGAACUAGAGAAGGAACUGGAUGAGCCAAGGCAACAGGACACAGCUCAUGGCCAAGAAAUGAUCAGAAAGGAAAUGACAUCCAUGGGAGCCCUGAAGUCUUUGAGUAGCCGGCUGCAGCCCUUGGAGAACCAGUGUAAGAGUGAGUCUCAGGAGCCCCAGAGCUUCCAGGAGAGAGAUGUCAAGAUGGUGGCUGACAUGUUGAUAGCAAAGCAAGAAAUUAUUGAAUGUGUGACCUCUGCAGCUAUGAUAUCCUCAGGACUUCCUGGGGAAAUGCCUUCAGAGCAGAUAGUUGAAGAAGCUUUGGGAGGUCUAGGCAACUCUGAGAAACAAAAGGGAAAUGAUGCAGGGAACAAAAUGAGUCUGCUUCCUUCCCAGGAAAGACAUUUCAGUGUGGUAACCUUCAGCAAGAAAAUCCCCACAGAAAACAGUGGCCUUGAAUGUAAGGAAAGUGAAAGAAGUUUCAGUCUUAAAUCAAAUGAUAUUACACAACAGAGAGUUCACACUGGGGAAAAGCUGUAUGAGUGUUUUGACUGUGGGAAGGCCUUUUGCCAGAGUUCCAAGCUGAUUAGACAUCAAAGAAUUCAUACCGGAGAGAGACCUUACAUGUGUAAAGAAUGUGGCAAAUCCUUCAGUUUGAGCUCAGACCUUGUUAGACAUCAGAGAAUUCAUAGUGGCGAAAAACCUUAUGAAUGUCAUGAAUGUGGAAAAGCCUUCAGGGGCAGCUCAGAAUUCAUCAGGCAUCGGAGAAUCCACACUGGAGAGAAACCUUAUGAAUGUGGUGAAUGUGGGAAAGCCUUCAGCCGCAGCUCAGCCCUUAUCCAGCAUACGAAAAUCCACACUGGAGAUAAACGCUAUGAAUGUACUGAGUGUGGUAAGGCUUUUGGUAGGAGCUCUGUCCUUAUUGAACAUCAAAGAAUUCACACUGGCGAGAAACCAUACGAAUGUAGUAAAUGUGGAAAAUCCUUCAGUCAGAGCUCAGCCCUCACCCAGCACCAGAGAAUUCACACUGGGGAGAAGCCUUAUGAAUGUAGUGAAUGUAGGAAGGCAUUUAGGCACAGGUCAGGCCUUGUGCAGCAUCAGAGAACACACACCAGAGUUUAAAUGUGGGUGGGAGUUGUCAAUUUUGAAAUGCAAGGAAUCCACUGUGGGGCAAGACCGCACAGAGACAGAAAUUUUCUUUCUUUUUUGGUAGAGACAGAGUCUCACUUUAUUGCCCUCGGUAGACUGCCGUGGCAUCACACAGCUCACAGCAACCUCCAACUCCUGGGCUUAGGCGAUUCUCUUGCUUCAGCCUCCCUGGUAGCUGGGACUACAGGCCCCUGCCACAAGACCCGGCUAUUUUUUUGUUGCAGUUUGGCCAGGGCCAGGUUUGAAUGUACCACCCUUGAUAUAUGGGGCUGGUGCCCUACCCACUGAGCCACAGGUGCUGCCCAAGACAGUUUUCUGAGAACAGGGUUUCUGAGCUUUCAGCCUGUUCAGUCCUGUGGAGGAGAGUCACACAAAGACCUUUGUUAUGUUUAUCAUUAAGUAUUAAAUGUUAAGACAAUUUUUACCCAGGUCUUCUCCAAAAGAACAGCAGAUACUUCCUAAAAAUGUCUAAUCCAUUUUUGGACAAAGAUGCUCAUCAGUACCCUGUGAACUUCCCUGGUACCAGCCCAGAUGUAAAGUUCAGGAUUGGGGCAGACAUCCUAAAAGAACUUCUCAUGAUAUGCCGAGGAUCCCUGUCCAGCAAUAGUAUUCGUGCUUGUGGCAAGCAGAGGUACGUCCUGAGGUGUUCAGCUAUCCAAAAUGAGUUCACAAUUGGUUUAAUAGUAUCUGAGGAAUGGUGGCUCAUUGUGCCUUCUUGCCAGUUCUUACCUGAGUUUCCAGCUGAGGUCAGUUCAGGUUUACUUAAAUUUAUCUAAGUACCUGUUGUGUGCAAGCCAUUGGGGCAGACAUGGUGGUUGCUGUCUUCAAGUUAAAGGGUUAUGAGCCAUACGUAUUGAACAGGUAAUUUCAGUGAAGUGUGAUAAAUGCUUUGGUAGGAUAAACACAGGGUUCUGUCAAGAGUACAUGGCAGGGGGACCUAACCUGGUCUGUGAAUCACUAAAGACCUCCUGGAUGUGAUGGUAUCUCAGUUAAGACCCAAAAGGUGGGGUAGAAGUUAGCCAAGUCAAGGUCAGGAAGAAGAGAACAUUACAGGCAGAGUGUUAUAGCACAUAAUGGUGUGUGAGAAGAGAGGAUCUGAAGGCAUUCCUUCAUCAGGACUCUUCUCCAGCAGAAACUGCUUAUCAUAGAUUCUCUCUCAGAACCAUAACGUGUUGAUUUCUGUUUAUAAUCAGAGUUGGGGGAGCCUAUUCCAGACUGAGGUUGACCCAUGAGACCUUGAAAUACUCAAAAUUAGUGUGAUGGAAGACAGGUGGUGUCUAUGGAAUUAGGCAUGUGUGUACACCAAGAAUAAAAACUGGAGGUCAGAGGACAGUGGGGACUGGCAUGUUUCUGUCUCGUGAUCCUGGGGCUGAGGAAAUUGGAAGCAUACAGGAACAGAAAUGACAAGUCUGCAUUCCCAGACUUCCUUAUUACUCGUUUCCUGCCCGUACCCUACUCACCAGGCUGGCAGACCCUAAGCUACUUAAGGACAGUAUUUAUUGAAUUACCCCCUCAGAUUCCUCAAAACCGUUCUUCUCUAAUUUUUACUUUGGCAGUUUAAGUUUAAGGUUUAACUGCCUCAGCAACCCACAAUUGCUGAGGCAGUUAAUACCCAAGAGGAAACUUGAUUCCUCUUCUGGGGAGUGCCAUUUCUGAUGAAGAUUCAGUGACCAUAGCUUUUGUGGGUAAUAGAGGAGGUAAAGGUGGGAGAACAGUUCACAACUCUUAUGUCCAAAGAUUAUGCAGUUACCAUUAGUGGGGUCAAUCACAAAUCUAAAGGGAUCCUGCAAAUGGAUAGUGAGUUGAGCUGCCUUUUCCCUACAGGUGACAAUCAGAUGGCUUAAUGUUUUAAUAAAUAUCAUUUAAAAUAUUUUUUUCCUUAUUGUGAAUUGUACAACUAUUCAUAAUAAAGAAAAUGAGAAAGUAUAAAUCACCCACAAUCCCAUUACAGAUAGAGACAUUGUUAAUUUUUGAACUACUUCCGAUUAGUGUUUUCCCCCCAGCUCUAAUAUUUUUGGGGAAAAUCUUUAGUAAAUAAUUUUUGGUAACUAAUUUUUACAUACAUACUUUGACUAUAUAAACUAUUUAAUACUAUAAUGCAAUGCAAGAUGUAA